CCCUGCGACACACAGCUCACCAUUUUGGGUACUACUGAGAUAAAGGACAAAAUGGCUCUGACAAACCCUAUGCCCAUGGGUCCUUGGAAGAUCACUGUGUACGACCAGGAGUACUUCCAGGGAAGACGUAUGGAGUUCACCGCCUGCUGCCAGAACAUCAUGGAGUGUGGAAUGGAGAACAUCCGCUCCCUGAAGGUCGAGUGUGGAGCCUGGGUGGGCUAUGAGCACUCCAGCUUCUGCGGCCAGCAGUUUGUCCUGGAGAAGGGAGACUACCCUCGCUUCGAGGCCUACAGCGGCAGCAACUCCUACCGCAUUGAGAGGAUGAUCUCCUUCAGGCCCAUCUGCUGUGCUAGCCACAAGGAGUCCCGCAUGACCGUCUACGAGCUGGAGAACAUGAUGGGUCGUCAGUUUGAGCUGUGUGAUGACUACCCCUCCCUGCAGGCCAUGGGCUGGAUGCACAACGAGGUUGGAUCCAUGCACAUCCAGUGUGGAGCCUUUGUGUGCUACCAGUAUCCCGGCUACCGUGGCCACCAGUACAUCAUGGAGUGUGACUGUCACGGAGGAGAGUACAAGUGUUACCGCGAGUAUGGCUCCCACGCCCAGACUCCCCAGAUUCAGUCCAUCAGGAGGAUCCAGCACUGAGAGGGGAGCCUCUCCUUCACACCUCCUUUCCUCCUCCUCCUCUUCCUCCUCCUCCUCCUCCGCUCCUUCCUCCUCUCCUUCCUCCUCAACUUCUACCCCUCCUUCUCUUCCUCCUCCUCUCCCCAAAACAUCCCGGCUCCGCUGGUCCGGCUAGUCAAGGCUGGAUCCCGGGCUGGAUUUCAGGUGCUUUCUGGCGUCACUUGUUUCACAGCACUUUGUUUUUAAAGAAGCAUCACAAAAGAAAGGAAAUAUGAAUCACACUGUAAGAAAGACAGAAAAUGGGAAUGUGAAAGAAUUGAGAGAAAGAGUUUGGAAAAAAAAAAAAUGAAAAAGGUCCCGUCUCCAAAGAGUGGCUGCAGAAUGGUGAAACACCUGGGAACUUUUGCUCCUCUUCACCCCCACCAUCAAUGCCAUCAUCAUCAUCAUUGUCUUCUUCAUCAGCACCAACACCAGUAUUGCUGUUA